AAAUGAGUUGACUCACUUAUAUCCAUUAUCCAUUUUACUUAACCCAAAUCCGCCCAAGUCACCCAUUUUGACGCCUCUAGAUGCAAGGAUUGGUGGCCACCACCCAUGCAUCGCCUCCCACCAAUUUGUCACAGUUAAAUGUGGCCUUACUUAAAAAAUUCAGGCAGGUGCAUAGUAUACCAAUCUGGUCUGGUGAUGGUUCAGUUCCCUCCGAAUUAUUUUAAAACUUUUUCAGGCUCCCCCCUCUCCAUAAUAUAAAAUGCUAUCGUAUUGACAAAAAAAAAAAAAACUUGGGUGCAAUGGUUUUGUCAAGAAGAAUUAACCUUUCCAUAUGGGAUCCAAAAUGGCAAUGGAAAAUGCGAAAUUCACAAUGCAAAGUUUCUUGUGGCACUAAUUAUUCUUUUCGUCGAGUAAAAUUAAAAUGGUACAAAAGUUGAUUAGUAGUAUUUAAAAUUGUAUCAACCAUCCAAAAAGACAGAGCAUCGUAGUUUUAACGCAUAGAAUAACUUAUUCCAUUUCAGUAGCUUACUAAAUACUGCUACUCCAUUACUCUUAUUGUUACGUUUCUCCGUUCUUCUUUGUCUCUUGCUAACUUCCAGCAACUGCCACAACUGUACCAGGAGCUUACCUCAAUGGGAAAUUGUUGUGCUCUCCUAAAAUCUAUUAUGGGUUUUGCAACCGAGACAUGAUUUUCUAGGUUAAAUUUAUAGGCAGUUUAAGGAGCCAGCUAAAGAAUUAUGUUCUUAAUUCUGGACAAUUACAUGUUUGAUUUGCUCCAUCUGAAUACAAUCUCCACACAACAUCUAGGUAAUGGGUGAUUGGAUUGAAAGGAGGAGCAUGAUGGAAGGUUGCCAAAACAGAAGAAGGUCAAAGUUGUUUUUGUCUUGGGUGGUCCAGGAAGUGGAAAAGGGACUGUGUGUGCCAAAAUUGUUGAACAAUUUGGUUAUAGCCACCUUAGUUCGGGUGAGCUUCUCAGGAAAGAAAUCAAAGCUGGCUCAGAGCAUGGCACCAUGAUCCAGAACAUGAUGAAUGAGGGAAAACUUGUUCCAUCUGAUAUAACGGUUAGGCUUAUUCAAAAAGCUAUGCAAGAAACUGACAAUGACAAAUUUCUUCUAGAUGGCUUCCCCAGAGAUGAAGAGAAUGUUAGAACGUUUGAGAAACUUACAAAGAUUGAACCAGAUUUCAUACUGUUUCUUGAUUGUCCAGAAGAGGAGAUGACAAAGCGCCUUCUAUCCAGAAACCAGGGAAGAGAAGAUGAUAACAUUGAAACAAUAAAGAAACGCUUUCGAGUUUUUCAAGAGUCCACUCUGCCUCUGGUUAAUUAUUAUGCUUCAAAGGGGAAGGUACGGAAGGUAAGCAAUCUUUCAUCUUCACGAGUUUAUGAACAAAUGACUAUUUUGGUUCCUGCAGCAGCAACAACCAAGUUCUCAAUUGGCAGGUGGAUGCUGCAAGGCCUGUUGAAGCUGUUUUUGAAUCAGUCAAAACCAUUUUCUCCUCAGCAAAUGAACAGGGUGCCUGAAGCUCAAGGAAUAAUAGCUUUUACUGGUUUGAUACUACAUGCACUCAGGUUUCAUGUAUUGUCACUCUUGGAUGGCUACUUGAAAGUGGAUUGACAAGUGAGGAGUGAAGGACUGAAAAUGUACAAAACUUGCUGAAAGUUUCACAACUGUGGAUUGUGGAUGCCAUACUAAGCUUUUGAAAGCAUGUAUAUUGUGGAUAUAUGAAGAAUGCAUGAUCUGUUGGUUAUGAAAUUCUUAGUUCAAUAUUAUGUUUUUCAACUGAUAUAAGGAUCAGAAAUUUUGAAGUUAGCUUGGCAGGCCUCUUCAUAAAGGCUACUGAACAUUUGCAAGUAUUGACAUGAUAAGCAGCGUUUCAACAGUUAACCAACAGCUUCCUAUAUAUCAGGGCAUAUUUGUGACA